AACCGGAAGAUGCCAACGUUUCACGUUUCAGAAAUGGCAGCUGGAACAGAAAGCAUGACAGGAGAAAAUGUUGAUGAAUUAGGUACCCAAGAAGUACCUGUUAGUCAAAAAUUAACAUUUGAAGUUUUGCAGAUUGUCAAAGAAGCUCAGCAACAGCAUGGAUUGAGACAUGGAGAUUUUCAAAGAUAUAGGGGUUAUUGUUCUAGAAGGAUAAGGCGUCUAAGGAAAUCUCUACAUUUUCCACAAGGCAAUAAUAGGAAAGUACUACCAAAGAAAAUAGACAUGGAAACUGUCACUGAUGUCAGAUUUCUACACUUGCCCCUAUUCUGCGCCGAGAGAGCAUGGUAUUAUGCUAUGCAAUUGAAGUCAGAAGCUAACACAGAACAGAGAAAGAAGUUUCACACUCUAGCAAAGAUAAAGAAAGCUGUAACCUAUGCUGAAGAGUUAGCAGAGCUAUGUAAAAGUCCUAAGUGUGACGCUCAGACACAGUUAGAAAGUCAGGCUUAUUUAUCAUGGAUACAAGCUGGAAUGUACUUUGAACAAGAGGUUUGGGACAAGGCAAUGAAGUUAUAUACACAGGCAAAAACGAUAUAUGAGAAAUUAGCCAGUGCAUUCACUGAGGAUAGCCAAGCUUUAUAUCUACAGAUGGUGGAUGAAGUAUCACCUAACAUUAGAUACUGUGCUUACAACAUAGGUGACGAGUCGGCCAUUGCUGAACUUAAGGAAAUGAGACGUAAAGGUGGAGAGGACCAGCUGACAUCACAUUUAGAUGACUUGCUAUCACAAACAAGAGAGAAACAGACAGCCACUUUAUCUGAGGUGACGUGGUUGGGACGUUCUGUCCCUGUAAAGAGUGAGCCUGUAAGAGUUUUCCUUCUCAAUGUACAGGAAAGUACCAAGGAAAUAGAAUCAACAGAGGGAAUAGACGGCAAGAUUUCUAUAUAUGAAAGUUUAUUGAAGCAGUGCAUAGAUGCUCAACAAAUUAUGAGGGAUUCUUUAAGUGAUGAUGCUAAUUUUAAAGCAUCUCAACGAGGACAAGCCAUUGAAGGGAAAAUAUCAAACCAGCACUACCUACACAGUUAUCUAAUGUAUAUACGACUGUCAAAAACUGUAGAUAGGAACUUAUUAUUAAUAGAAAAACUAAAGCAAUAUCUGCCUGGCAAAUCAAUACCUGAAGGACAUAAAAUUACUAAACCACAAGAUCUUGUUAGAUUGUACGAUAUUAUUAUACAGAAUUUAAAUGAAAUACCUAAUUUACAAGGUGUAGAGACAGAUUUGAGUGAAGAAACAGCAGUGAAAAGUACUUCUUAUAAAGCAUUUAGGUCCUAUUAUAUUGCACAGUCAUUCCUAGCAGCAAAGAAAUGGACAGAAACAAUAGCAUUAUAUGAGAGAGUUUUAAAACAUGCCUCUCAAGCAUUGAAAGGUUGUAAAAAACUGAAAAAUCUCUCUAAACAGGAAAUAAGUAGUAUAGAAGAAUUAGUAAACAGAGUAAAUGGUGAAAAAUAUUCAUGUCAUGCUAACAGCAUUCUGGAUUUAGAAACUGUUGCUGAACCCGUAGCAGAUAUUAGUCUCAUUAAGAAAAAACCACUGAUAGACAGGUUUGAUGAUUAUAUUGAAGAUAAAAGCGUUACAACAAAGAAACCAAACCUUGUUAGUUUCCCUCCGGACUUUGAACCUAUACCAUGUCGACCAUUAUUCUUUGAUUUAGCACUUAAUCAUGUAGAUUUCCCUUCAAUCGAAAGCAAAAUGGAACAGAAGAAAUCAGGAGGACUUACUGGAAUGGUUAAAGGAUGGUUAUGGGGAGGUGGGAAAAAAUAAGGAUUUGUGUUCCAAGGGAAGUAACUCUGUUAGAUUUUAUAAAAUUCUUGGUAAAGAACCUGGAUAUGUUAGACAAUGUUUGUAAAGAAAACAAUGCAAAGAAUGUUAAUAGGUAUUGGUGCAAUGAACGGAAAGAUUAUUAUUAGUGUACAAUGGUAUGUGGUGCAAAGCAUUUAAAUAGUUAUUUAACAUCAUGAAAGAGAUGCUUAUUUCUUCUUGAACUUCAACAAUAAAUGUUUCUGAUAAUCUAUUUAAAGGUUUGUUUACCAAAUUCAAUUAAAAAAUGGUUUGUUAUUUUGCAUUUGCCAUUUUUUUUUAAACAAUGAUUAAUUAAAUGAAAAAAUUAAAAGUUCAAUAAAUAAUAAUAAUCAUGUAUUUUCAAUGUUUUUUGAUAGUGAAAAAAUAAAUAAAUGAAUACUUUUAAGGACUAUAGUUUGAUUGUCAGUUAAUCCAGAUUUUUAUGAUCACACUCAUAAGCUUUCGAAGGAAUUUAUGAUGUGAUAUAAAUGAAUUAAAACUAUGAAUAAAAAUUCUAUUGUAAUUGGCUGUUUAGUUUGUUUAUAUUAAAUUGUUAAAAAUAUUUCAAAAACACUGGUAUCUACAUAUAUAUAAAAUGACUUAUCUCCCCUUGAGUCUGUUAAAAAACACUUCCGGAAUUAUGUGGCCAGAAAGACACAGCAUCAGUGGCUUCCAAGUGAGAAAUACAAUUUUGUUAUGCAAAGCAGUCAAAGACAAGAUUGGUAGAAGUCAUUCUUUUGUACAGAUGCAAUGAUGAUGCUUAUAGAGAAGAAAGCUGAAAAAAUUAAAUGAAGGAGUGAGUGGUUUUUAACCAAGUAUAUGCACAGAAAUUGCUUCAUUCAUAUCAUUAUCACUUUCUGGAGAACUUCUACAUUAAGCCUAUUGAUUUGUAUUUUGUAUUUUAUCAAUAUAUAUCUAUGUAUAUCAAAAGGAAAUAAUAUUCAUUGCAAGUCUAGGCUCUAGUAGUUUCUAAUUUUAAGUUAUUUCUUUUAUUAUGAUAUUUUCUCAGAUGUGUUUCAACAGAUUGACUUCAGUUAAGUAAGGUAUGAGCACUUUAAUGAUUUGUCAUACAACUGUUUCCUGUUUUAUUCCUUCUUUAAAUCAAGGCUGGACUUGGCACCAUAGAAUGGGCAACUUAGACUUUGACCUUACCUUGAUAUUUAUAUAUAUAUAGAUUUAUGUUUUGGAGGAUGGUCAAGUUACUGAAACUAUUGUUGUCAGAUUAAUAUUAAAAAUAAUAUUUACAUUUUUUUUUUACUAAAAAUGAUUAAAUUUAAGCACUUUUCAUUCAAAUAUGCAAAGGGUGGUGUAUAGUUCCAAGCAAUUUAUGCAGACAAUAUGACUAUAAAAAUUAGGUAAAUUUAUUGUUAUUUUCUUUAUAAUGUAAAGGUUUCCCAUUAUCUACAAUACAAAAAAAGGGUAUAUUAAAUGAUUUCAAUGAAAUUUCAAGAGAAAAAAUAUCCUCAACUAGUGAAUUAUCUGUAAGAACUUUCAAAUAUAGUUUUAAUGAUCAAAAUGAUGAAAAAGCCAAAUUAUAUUUGUAUUUAUUCCCCCAUUGAUGGUUCAUUUAAGUAUGAUCAUUUGAAUUCAAUUUUCCCAUUUUGUAUAGUAAUAAUUUGGCAGCAGUUUUUGGGCAUUUGUGUCAUCUCAACACAUCAACUGUAGUUUUGAUAUAUCAUUUGUAAUAAAACUUGAGGAUUUCAGUAAAAAAGCAAUAUCUAAAAGUAUGAUUCGUUAUACAUGUGUAUAUAAAUGAAGAAUGAGGAAAUAAUUGCAGAAUAUAGAUAUGUUGUAUGUUGUAAAUCUUUGUACAUGUUGAAUUAUUUUGAAGUCUUAUAAUGAAAUAUUAAAUAUACAGAACUUUA